AUAGAAUAUGGUCACAGAGCAAAGAUAGAGGAUUCCACUGAAGAACUGUAUGCAGCCACCAGACAUGAGGGAUUCAACGAUGUUGUCAGAGGAAGGAUAUUUGCAGGAAAUUUCUUCUUACUGAGGAGAAACUAUGACAACUUCUUCAUAAAAGCCCAGAAAGUAAGAAGACUGAUUGCUGAGGACUUUAGAAAUGUGUUUAAGGGAGGGGUGGAUAUACUCCUGACCCCCACCACACUGACUGAGGCCCCGACCUAUACCUGGUUUACGGAGGAGGACAAUCGCACCAGGGCAGAAGAGCAGGAUGUCUUCACUCAACCUAUCAACAUGGCAGGUGUUCCAGCUAUUACUGUGCCAGCCUCACUUUCAUAUUCAGGGCUUCCCAUUGGUCUUCAGUUUGUAGGACCCAACUUUCAUGACAGACAAGUAUUGACUGUGGCCAAGUGGUUUGAACAACAAACAAAUUUUAAACAGCUAGACUUAAGUUAUUUAGAUAAAUCUUCAUGAAAAGAUUAAAUAAAGAAAUUUUUCUAUA